AUGGCUGCAACGCCAGCAGGCACUUUAGUGAGGCUGUACUCCAUCCUGGUCUCCGCCUCGUGCAAGAAUGCAGAGGGACAGUGCAAUUUCGCAUUUUCUCCGUACUCCGUCAGUACUGCCCUCGCCGUCCUGUAUUUUGGGGCGAGAGGAACUAGUCAGGAGCAACUGCAGAGCCUUUACUUCGACGGCCGGUCACCAAAUGACGCAGCAAACUGCCUGAAGGAAGCGAUCACAGUUUCGGAAAAGGAGGAGGCGACAGAUCUGGGUAGGCAGUCACCGGUCUCACUCCAGUCGGCGAACCGUCUGUACGCGUCGAAAGAGCUGGUGGGAGCAUCUCUGCCGCAAUUCCGGGACUUCAGAGAAAUAAUUGAGAAGCAACUCCGUACUGAGGCACUGCUGGCAGAUUUCCAGGCACACAGCCGUGGUGAAAGAGAGAAAAUCAAUGCGUGGGUAUCUGAUGUCACCAAUCGGAAGAUCACUGACAUCCUUCCACCGUCGGCCGUCACGUCGGAGACAAUCCUUCUCCUUGUUAGUACGUUGUAUUUCAAGGGACCAUGGCUGAAGCCUUUUGUGCCGUGCGAGAGAAACGGCCCGUCCAAGUUCUACAGACAGGGUCCAUCUGGAGCCACUAUUUUCCAGGACGGAAUCAAAUUCAUGGAAUCAACUCAGGUAUGCAGCGACAAGUUCUGCUACGGUUUCAAGCACACGGAUCGCCCUGGGUUUGGAGUCACGCUUCUCGAGGUUCCCUACAAAGACAGCGACUAUUCGAUGGCCUUUUUUAUGCCAGACAACCCAAGUGACUUGGUCGAGCUCGAGCAGAUGUGGCAAGAGCAACCAGACCUUCUAAGUGAUUUGGUGCAAGAAAUGGCCGACGCUUCCCACGCGGAGCUUCAGGACGUAGAACUUACCAUUAGACUCCCAUAUUUCAAAGUGGGAGGAAAAACGAUAGCUCUGCUGUCGGCACUCGAGACUUUGGGGGUGACACACGUUUUUGGCCCGAAUGCAAAUCUAUCUGGUAUCAACGGAGGAAAAGGCCUGUUUCUCAGCAACGUAUUUCAUCAGUGUGUUGUUGAGAUUGACGAAGUUGGGACCGAGGCGGCAGCUGCUGCAGCGGCAGGCGUUGCGUGCACGUCCCUUCCCCUUAUUCGGGAGCAGAGGGUGAUUGAUAUUGAUCGCUCUUUUCUUUUUCAAAUUCGAAAACUCAGACACACAAAGGAUCUGAAGGCGGGGAAAUUGCCGGUAGUGCGAAGGGAUGAUGACAUUUUCUUCGUGGGCCGUGUCGUUGAUAUGAGUGCGUUACAGAGUGAUGGUGAAUAA